CAGUAACGCCUGCUUCCCCACGUCAGGCCCCAGGCCUCAGCCCUCGGGGUUCCGGGGUCCUGCCACCAUGUUCGGGAAAAGGAAGAAGCGGGUGGAGAUCUCAGCGCCAUCCAACUUCGAGCACCGCGUGCACACGGGCUUCGACCAACAUGAGCAGAAGUUUACGGGGCUGCCACGCCAGUGGCAGAGCCUCAUUGAGGAGUCAGCCCGCAGGCCCAAGCCCCUCAUCGACCCUGCCUGCAUCACCUCCAUCCAGCCAGGUGCCCCCAAGACCAUCGUGCGGGGCACCAAAGGUGCCAAGGAUGGGGCCCUCACGCUGCUGCUGGAUGAGUUCGAGAACAUGUCGGUGACACGCUCCAACUCGCUGCGGAGAGACAGCCCACCACUGCCUGCCCGCGCCCGCCAGGAGAAUGGGGUUCCAGACGAGAGGGCCACGGGGGUGCCAGCGGGCCCAGAGAAGACAGGUGGCCGAGGCCGGGCACCCAGCCGCAGUGAGGCAGGGGGCGGCAGCGGUGACAGGCGGCGGGCGGGGCCGGAGAAGAGGCCCAAGGCUUCCAGGGAGGGCUCAGGAGGACCCCAGGAGUCCUCCCGGGACAAACGCCCCCUCUCUGGGCCUGAUGUUGGCACCCCUCAGCCUGCCCCUGUGGCCAGCGGAUCAAAGCUGGCAGCUGGCCGGCCCUUUAACACAUAUCCCCGGGCCGACACGGACCACCCAUCCCGAGGUGCCCAGGGGGAGUCUCGUGAUGUGGCCCCUAAUGGGCCAUCCUCAGGUGGCCGUGCCGUCCCCCAGUCCUCCUCCCGACCUCCCACCCGUGCCCGUGGCCCCCCUAGCCCUGGAGUGUUGGGUCCCCACGCUUCCGAGCCCCAGUUGGCCCCUCCGGCCCGCACCCCUGCCGCCCCCGCUGUGCCCACUGUCCUGCCAGCCCCAGGCCCCCCAGGUCCCUCUGGUCCUCCUGGCCCCCGCUCGCCACAGCGUGAGCCACAGCGAGUGUCCCAUGAGCAGUUCAGGGCAGCCUUGCAGCUGGUGGUGGACCCCGGGGAUCCCCGCUCCUACCUGGACAACUUCAUCAAGAUCGGAGAGGGCUCCACGGGCAUCGUGUGCAUUGCCACUGUGCGCAGCUCCGGCAAGCUGGUGGCCGUCAAGAAGAUGGACCUGCGCAAGCAGCAGCGGCGCGAGCUGCUCUUCAAUGAGGUGGUGAUCAUGCGCGACUACCAGCACGAGAAUGUGGUGGAGAUGUACAACAGCUACCUGGUGGGCGACGAGCUCUGGGUGGUGAUGGAGUUCCUGGAGGGCGGGGCCCUCACCGACAUCGUCACCCAUACCAGGAUGAACGAGGAGCAGAUCGCGGCCGUGUGCCUGGCCGUGCUGCAGGCCUUGUCCGUGCUCCACGCCCAGGGUGUCAUCCACCGGGACAUCAAGAGUGACUCGAUCCUGCUCACGCACGACGGCAGGGUGAAGCUGUCAGACUUCGGGUUCUGUGCCCAGGUGAGCAAGGAAGUGCCACGGAGGAAGUCCCUAGUCGGCACUCCUUAUUGGAUGGCCCCAGAACUCAUCUCCCGCCUGCCCUAUGGGCCAGAGGUGGACAUCUGGUCACUGGGCGUAAUGGUGAUCGAGAUGGUGGAUGGGGAGCCCCCCUACUUCAAUGAGCCCCCCCUCAAAGCCAUGAAGAUGAUUCGGGACAACCUGCCACCCCGGCUGAAGAACCUGCACAAGGUGUCGCCAUCCCUCAAGGGCUUCCUGGACCGCCUGUUGGUGCGCGACCCAGCGCAGCGGGCCACAGCAGCUGAGCUACUCAAGCACCCGUUCCUGACCAAGGCUGGGCCACCCUCCAGCAUUGUGCCCCUCAUGCGCCAGAACCGCAACAGAUGAGGCCUGGCACCUGGGCCAAACCAAAGAGCCCCUGGGGUCACACUGCCCCACCAGAGGCCAGCGGGGGCACCCCGCUCCUCCCUGCCUGGGGCGUUUGCAGGGGGGCCAUGGGGACCCCACUACUGAACUCUGGUUUUCAUUUUGUGACUUUGCAAAAAUCACGGGGACUCCUGGAGCAAAUGAGGCCCUCAGGACCCCUGCCUCCCGGGCCAGGCCCUGCUUGCAUUCUCCUGGCCGAGGAAGGACUGGUGGCCCACCACCACUGGAACCCCGCCACAGGGUCGCGGGGGGCUGCAAAAACACUAGGAAUGAGGUGUGUGUGUGUGUGUGUGUGUGUACACAACAGCGCUCA